AUGACUAGAAACUUACCGAGGUUGGAUAUGUGGGCAUUGCCGUUUGGCUCAGGGAGUAGUGAGGAUGCAAGAGCUGAGAGCUGUGCUCAAAUCUCAAGAAAGAUUGCUGAAGACGGGAACGCAGAUGUUACAACAGAUGAAUAUCAUCGUUACAAGGAAGAUGUUGAUCUCAUGAAAAGCCUAAAUUUUGAUGCAUACCGGUUUUCAAUCUCCUGGUCCAGGAUCUUUCCAGAUGGCGAAGGGAAAGUUAAUGAAGAAGGAGUACAGUAUUACAACAAUCUUAUAGACUACAUGAUUAAGCAAGGUCUUACUCCUUAUGCCAACCUUAACCACUAUGAUCUUCCGCUUGCACUUCAGAAAAAGUACCAAGGCUGGUUAGGCCCAAAAAUUGUGGACAAAUUCGUUGACUAUGCCGAUUUUUGUUUCAAGACUUUUGGCGAUCUGAGUCAAGAACUGUUGCAAGAUACCGCAAUAAAUACCAGUUCUGAAGAUCAUCGCCUUCUUCCUUCCAUGUUGAACUUUGCAGUUGAAAGAAACGGCGUGCAAAUUGGACAGCUGGCGCACUCAGUUUGGCUUUACAUCGUCCCAUCGGGCAUGUAUGGAGUUGUGAACUACAUAAAGGAAAAGUACCAGAAUCCAACCAUCAUCAUAUCCGAAAACGGGAUGGAUCAACCCGGAAACCUGACACGCGAGGAGUACCUGCACGACACCGUUCGGAUCGACUUCUACAAGAACUACCUGACGGAGCUGAAGAAAGGGAUCGACGACGGCGCAAACGUGGUGGGCUACUUCGCGUGGUCCCUCCUGGACAACUUCGAGUGGCUGUCGGGCUACACGUCCAAGUUCGGCAUCGUCUACGUCGACUUCACGACGCUGAAGCGGUACCCCAAGGACUCGGCGUACUGGUUCAAGGACAUGCUUUCGGGGACGGGCUCCAAGGCCGCCACCCCGCAGACCGGUUCAGGCACCCGUCCAGCUGGUUCGCCGUCAGCCACCUCGAAUGGCGCUGUCCUGCUGGUCUCUCUGUUCGUCUCCUUGUGUGUUCUCGUCUUCAUGGUUACCUCGGUUUAA